UCUCUCGAGGAGUAUGUUUACGGUGUGAACAUGGACCCCUUCUUCUCAUGGGACUUUUUUUCAUGCCUCAAAAAACUGAAGAUGAUGUCUGUCUGUGGACAUUUUGUCAUCUUUUUCAAGUGCACAGCCCUUCUCUCUCUAAGGAUUGUACUUCUCGUGCCUGCAGGUUUGCCAGUGCGCAGUCAAAGCGUUUCUCAAUCCGAUAAAAAUUUCCUGGGCAACAUUACCGUCAAACAAGGAGAGACCAUCUUUCUCAGGUGUGCACAGGGGGAAAUUGUCACACACACAGCAUGGCUUAAUCGGUCAAGUAUACUAUAUGCCGGAGAUGAGAAAUGGUCCGUGGAUCCGAGGGUGAGUCUGGUGACACUAAAUCAAGAGGAGUUUACCAUCAAGAUUGAAAAUGUGGAAAUGACAGAUGAGGGGCAGUAUGUCUGUGCUGUACAGACCAGCCGGCGACCUACAACCAAUAUAGUGCACGUCCUCGUUCAAGUACCACCAAAAAUCACCAAUCUGACAAGAGACAUUGUGGUUAAUGAGGGCGCCAAUGUCACCGUGCUGUGUCAAGCCAUUGGUAAACCGGAGCCAACUAUUACCUGGAAACUCAUCUCAUCUUCAGGGGACCUUUCAACAGAUGAUGCGUACCUAGAAAUCUCAUCUAUCACCAGAAACAGAGCAGGAACAUACGAAUGCACAGCUGUCAACGAAAUCGACACAGAUGUCAAAACCGUAGAUAUCACCGUCAACUAUGCUCCAACUGUGUAUGACGGAAGAGAUAUUGGUGUUACCCUGGGACAAAGAGGAGUGCUGGAAUGUGAAGCUGAUGCAGUGCCUGAGGCAGAUUUUGAGUGGUAUAAAGAUGACAGAAGAUUCCUCAAUGGCUUUGACGGGAUGGAGAUUGUGAACACUGGAUCCCUGUCCAAACUGACAUUUUUUAAUGUGUCUUAUGGUGACUAUGGUAACUACACCUGUGUUGCCAUUAACAAACUUGGAAGCUCUAAUACAAGCAUCGUUAUGUAUGGACCGAGAGCAGUUCAGGAUGGCAAUGGCUCCACACUGGGUGUGCACCUGGACACCUGCCUCCUUUUUAUAGUUUUUCUGUUCUUGCUGCUCAAACUUUGAAGAUGAAUGAGUUCAACAAGAUUUGUGUGGCUUUAUGUUUGAAUGAAAACAUGGUUGUUGUUGUUGUCAUUUAAUCUGCAAACAAGCUGUUAUGAUUGUCUCCCCCAAAAAUGUGAUUAGGAGCAGUUUGUUUUCUUUGUAGAUUAUUUAAGGAUGUAACAAAUGUUUUGCCAUUUAAAUGGAUUUUGAAAUAAUUCUAUCUGUUUUUAUAUUCAUAUCCAAGAAAAAUAAUAUUUAAAGCUGGUGUUUCAAGCGAAUCCUAAAAUACCUCAAGGUCAACUAGAGACAAGUGGAAUGGAUUUGGGUCAGUCGGUUCAUAACAGUGUGCUAUCUGUUUUUGUUUUGUUUUAAAUGUAAAAUAAUAGGGUUGUAAAUCAACAAUAUCCUGACAAUACUAUGUCAAUUUGUUGGACACCAAUAUGAUAUUGGCCGAUAUUACAGUCAAUUUCUAUAUGAUUGGAGGACCAAUAGAGAAUGAAAAAGUAUCUAAACCUUUUGGAAUUUCUCGCAUUUCUGCAUAAAAAACACCAUCAAAUACGAUAUGAUAUGUUAUAUAUGUGUCUGCUUUAACUAAAACUACCCAAACAUUUAUAGGUUUUCAUAUUUUUAUGAGAAUAGCAUGCAAACAAUGACAGAAGGGGGGGAAAUAAGUGUGAAUCCUCUGCUUAAGGAGACUUAAAAAGCAAUUAAAACCAAUUUUUACCAAACAUUUUAAGUCAGGUGUGUGUGUGCCCAAUCACUGACGCGUGGUUUAAAACUGCCCUAUCCACUAUAAAACACAUACCUGGGAAGAAAUGUCUUGAUGAGAAGCAUUGUCUGAUGUGCACACGGCUCGGUCAAAAGAGCUGUCUUAACACCUGCGAUCAAUGACUGCUGAUUUGUGUAAAGCUGGGAAACGAUACAAAACAAUCUCUAAAAGUCUGAUUAUCAUCAAUCGACAGUCAGAGAAGUUGUCUCCAAAUGGAGAGAGUUUGGCACCGUUACUUCUCUCCCAAGGAGUGGUCGUCCACCAAAGAUGAUGCCAAGAGUUCAGCACAGAAUACCCGAAGAAAAAAAGAACCCUAGAGUGUCUGCUAAAGACUUACAUAAAUCACUAGCAAUGUCCAAUAUCUCUGUACACACAUCAACUAUAUUGUAAAACUAUGGCCAAGAAUGUUGUUCCUGGGAGGGCUCCACGGAGCAAGCUACUGCUGUCUAAAAAAAAACAUUGUUCCUUUAAUGUUUGCAAAAAGGCACUUGGACACUCCACUUUUGGCAAAAUAUUUUGUGGACUAAUGAAACCAAAGUUGAAUUGUUUGGGUGUAACACACAAUGUCACGUGUGGAGGAAAAAAUAAUAAAAUGUGAUGGUUCACUUACUUAUUGUCCCCUCUUCUGUCAUUGUUUUCGUACUAUCCUCAUUAAAAAGUGAAAACCUAUAAAUGUUUGGGUGGUUUUAGUUAAAGCAGACAUUGUUUUUUCAUCUGUGUGAUUUUGACAAAGAUCAGAUUACAUUUAACGGUGAUUUUAUGCAGGAAUGAGAAAAAUUCUAAAAGGUUCAGAUACUUUUUAUACCACUUGCAAGAAAAAAAAAUCAUCUGAAUGAAAAAUAUAAUGGUGUUAUCUAAAAGAUGACAAUAUUGAUCAAUGUUGUGCAUUUUAUUACCGAUUCGGUUGUAUCGUUACAAAACCAAUGUCAUGAUGAUGUUGAUUCUUUGUUCAAAGGUAUAAUUUUUGCCGAUAUUACAAUGUCUGCCAUGAGUCAAUUUGUCCUUCGAUCUAUGUAUCGAUCCAGAGCGAUUUAUUGUGUUAUACCCCUUUUGUUUACUUAUGUAAACAUUAUAAUUGUAUUUACUUGUGCAUUGUAUAUAUUUAAUUCCAUCUGGUUAUAUUUAAAAUAUUAUUUGCAAUUUUUAUUUGAUUUAUGAGGUUGUAAUUAUGAGGCAACUGUCCUAGUUUUUGUUUUGCCUUAGUGGUUUCCUUUAUUUUUUGCUUACAAGGUUGCCUUUGAUUGAAAAUGGGUUUAAGCAUAGUUUUACUUUAUUUCCUUAAAGACUGAUCAUGUUUCUGUGAAAUGCUCAUGGCAUUAGAAUUCCAACUAAUUUCUUGUUGUUUCCUUGUAUGAACACACAACAAAAAAUUAAAAGUACAAAUUGGCAGAAAUUACGUCAAAACAACCCAAAGAAUUGACAGUUUAUAAUACAAUCUACUUACAUCACUAUCCUUUUAUUAAACAUGCCAUUUGUAAUUAUGUUGUCUUUUGUUGUACAGCUGUAUUUCAAAUGCAAGCAAAAUGACCAUUAUGUAAAGCAAAUUAUGAAAAUAUAAUUGACUAUGGCACAUACAAGAACUUCGACUUCAGCCUACAUUCUGCUGUACUUCUCAGCAUCAACAUUAGAUGGAGUCAGUCACCUAAAAAGUUCCUCUCCAUCAGCGGCAAAAACCUGACAUAUUGAAAUCAAUGGAGCAAAAAUUAAGGUUGAUAAAUUGAGACCAGUAAUAACAGUAGUUCUCAUGAGGCUCACUUUCAUAUAAUUUUCUUCUUUACUUGUAAUUAUAUACAGGUGGGUAGCGAGGUAACCUGAAUUUCCGCGUAAGUCAGAAUUAACCCUUUAAGUAUCCCUACAAAAUAACUAUCCAAAAAGUCCAAAAGUAUUGUAUUUUGUUUAAAGAUGGAUACACUGCUCUCUGGUGGUAGCGUUGGGUCUGGUUGGACCGACGCCUUGUAUGACUCAGGAGCAGAUAAAGGAUAGCUGGGCUCUGGUUUGGCCCACAUAAGGCUGUAAGUUGUUUCAGCUAAUAUAAAUUUGUGUAUGCAUUUAUAAGUAAGUUUAGAGCUACAGUUUGUGGAGUUAUGUGUGAGCGAUUUGCUAUGAGAAUUGGUAACCAUGUAGGUACCAUACAUACGUUAGCAUCCGUUGCAUUUAAGCUAGCGGACUUUUGUUUGGCAAAUUAGGCUAAUUGAAUCCACUCAAUUUACUUAUUGAUCAGACUAGAUGGAGUUUAAACACCAAUUGUUUUGUGUCAAAUGUUUUAUUGUAAAAAUGCGUGCCGUUUUGAAUGUACAUAAAGCUAUAUCAUAGCCAAGACAAGCCACUAAGUCAAAUCAGUGGAUGAACAUUGUGAACUUAGUAACAUUAAGAUAUCAAGAUGUAAGUGGUAUUGGCAUUAUAUUUGUAGCUGCCACUGGGAGAAGUGGCCUAUGUUGGUAAAGUCUGUUGCUGUGACAAAAGCAGUCAAUUUCAGCAUAUAUCUAUCGUAUAGAGCUACAUUUUUAAUGAAUUCUAAUUUUCAAGGUAUAGUUUUAAAUUAGCAUUUUAUAUUAUUUGUUUGAUCAUAAUAUAUAUUUUAUGUUCAUACCAUCGAUGAUUUGUAUGAAAACUUAUGCAUGAACGGAUCGGUUCAUAAUUUCCUGUCUUUGCCUAAUAACCAACAGGUACGUAUUUUUAAGACAACCUAACGGAUAAAAUUAGCUGUCUUCAUACAUACUGUAUUUCUAGUCAUAAAAACGAAUAGUUAUUUUCCCUGUAAAACCAACGGGCAGACAACAAGAACAAAUGAGUGGCAACAUGAGUUCACAGUUGAACAGUUUAUGGACAGAUUAGCAAUUGUCAAUAAAAUUAUACCAUGACAAUACACCACAACAGUGACGAAUAUAAAAUGAAGCCUCAGCCAUGUCAUUAAUACUAUUUAACACAAAGGCCAUAAAAGUGCUGAUCAUUUGGAAAUGAUAACACAUUAAGAAAGAUAAUACGGUUCAGCUUGAGUACAUGAACCUAAUAUUUGAACUACAAAAAAAAAAUAAGGUCAUAACUCAUGUUACUAUAGAUAGUGUAAUGCAUCUUUAGUAAAUGCCAGUGCUGGUCCACAUUUGAUGGGAGAAUAAUGACCUCAAUUAUUCUGAUCAAUUCUGUUUUAAGCGUAGGCUUUUGGAUUCAGAGGCAGUCUACAGAUGACUGCAAGGGCGUAGGUUUGCAUAGGGACGGUAGGGACAUAACGCUACCAACUUUUCAGGAUGCUCAAAUUGUCCCCACCAACUUUCAAGCAACCUUAUUUGCUGGUGCUGCGUCACCAGUAGGUGAAUGGCGAGAUAGUGUAAAGCGCUUUGAGCGCCUUGAAAGGUGGAAAAGCGCUAUAUAAGUAUAACACCAUUUACCAUUUAUAUAAUCCCCUCAAACGCACCUUUGAUUGGCUUAUAACUUGACCCCCCUCCACCCCCCCACACAUGCAUUCAAAAACAGAAAUACAACAUGCCACCUCCUCCACCCCCUUCGAAGACGGGGGAUAUUAAACGUCAAUGUUGUGUCGGUGGGGAACACACCACUAAUUUUGCCACCGAAAUUCUGUCUUGCAUCAGAGUUACCAUAACAUUAAUGUGUACGAAUUUCUUAACUCGAGAAAGAAGCUGCUUUGAGAAAAAUAUCCUCCUGGAUGUUUUCUACUGUUGACGUUAAUUAAACUUUAAGAAAUGUAGUGAACCAAGGUUUACCUCCUUCUCCCCAGUUUACCCGAAGAAAACCCACGCAGGCACGGGGAGAACAUGCAAACUCCACACAAGAAGGCCGGAGGCUGGGAUUGAACCCUUGAUCUCAGAACUGCAGACGUGCUAACCACUCUGCCAUCCGGCCGCCCAAGGCUUGGAUUUUUGGAAAAAAAAAAUAGCUUGCUGAAAAUAAGCUUAACAGACUUAUUAUAAGCAAAAUAUUUGUAUAUUUAUUCUUAAAAAAAAAAAAAAAAAUCAGAAAUUUUCUUAAUUCAAGAAUAUAUAUUGUUCAAAACAUUAUUUGAAAGCGUUUUUUCUUGAUUUAGGUGAAAAAUGACCGACCUUUAGAUGUAUGGGCUUCAUAAGAACAAAUAGUCAUAUUUACUUAAAGUAGGUGGAAGAAUGGGACGCAUUAAUCUGCUAACUAGCCUUUAACACUCAAAACAAGAUGGAGAAAAUUAUUUGACUAGAUUUAAGAAAAAAUAUCAGAUUAAAACGCUAUACAUUUGCAAUGUGAAAGUAUGAGUCACUACAGAUUUAUUUUGCAUUAAUCAUUUAGCCUAUCAUUUAAUUAGGUUCAUAUUAGUGAGAAAUGUAGCCCUGACCACCGUUCACCCAAUCUGUUUGGUCUUAUUAAUGCCCCGUCCCCAGCAAAAUUUACAGUACAUGUAGGUUAUGCUGUUCUAUCGUCCCUACCGAUAUUGAGACCAAACCUACGCCCUUGGAUGACUGAUUCACCAACACUACAGGCAUGAUCACAAAAAACGCAUUUCCACGUACAUCAGUCUCUUUCCUGUUGUUUUUCAUUGACACAUUACAAAAUUCAAGUUGUGCACAGGUUAACUAGACAAUAUCAUAACAGUACUUCAAGAAAUCACUUGUGCUGGACAAUAUUAUCAAAUAAAAUUCCUAUCCAAGGCAAGUCAACUCAAACACAUUUAGGCUUUGUUCAGACUGGCGGCCAAAAUCCGAUUUUUAGCACAUCCAGUUGAAACUGGAUGGCUCUUUUGUCAUGUAGUCACAAAGCACAGAAAUCCGAUUUUUGCGAGACAAAUUUAAACCACAUACUAGAGGUAGUUUGAUACCCGGUAUGGACGAGAUGCCUCCAAGUGACGUCACUUUACGGUGGAUGACCCCAUUUGUUGCCACAACAACCUGUUAGAUGAGUCAAUAAUUCCGAUUUGGAUACUUGCCAAAAUUAGUGUGAACAGUCAGCCCUAAAAAUCAGAUUUGAGGAAGAAACCAAUUGGAAUCAGAUAAGCCUGCAGUCUGAACGCAGCCUAAUACAUUGGGAAUUGAGUACAUAGUCUGCCGUUUUCCUUUGUCGAAUUGGGUUAAAGAGACCCGCCACUCAUUUUGAUUAUUUGUUUCUAAAUACAGUUGUACCUCUUCGAAUGUCUCUACAUAUAAAAUUUUCAGGUUUAGACACACCUUAACGGGUAAAUAUUGCCUCUUGUUACGAAAGAAAUUUCAGGAUACGAAAGACAAAAACACAGUAUGGCUGGUACUCGCAGCUCCCACAGUUUACUGAAUGUAACAUACUUAUAACUGCUCUUCCAUUGGCUAUUGCCUAACAUUCCUGGCAUCCAAUUGGCUAAGAGGGACCGCUAUUGUCUGUACUCCCAAUGACUUUAAUUCUUUACUCUAUUCUUUUUUUUUUUUUUUUUUUUUUUACAUGAUGCACAACUCUGAUUUUGUGUUUAUUGCAAUAAUGUAAUUGUAACAUAUUAUUUAUUCCAUGUUUUGGUGCAUUUUUUGUUUUGUUUUUGCAUUAUAAAAGAUUGAUGUCUGAAUUUAGGGGUGCUUGGAACGGAUUAGGGCAUUUACGUGUAUAACGCGUCUCUACUUACAGACUUUUCAAGUUACAAAACUACUUCCAGAACCAAUUAUUUUGUAAGUAGAUGUUCCACUGUACAUGAAAAGGUGCACAUGUUGAAAACAUUGUAGUGCUGUUCAGCUCAGUUAUAGCACAGUCAACGGACACGCCUACAGUGUCCCCGAUGUUUCCAGGCUUACUUUAGCCCAUUAUGAAUUAGCCCGUAUUGAAUCCUUAUUAAAUAUACUCAGCAAUUUUUUAAUUUAAAAUUCUGCAGGUUUGUUAACAUUGUUAAUGACUUUCACUACAACCCCCCUCACUUUAAUAAAGGUUCAUGUAACUUAAAAUUCCACUAUGUCACCUCAAUGGACUCAUUGAAGAUGGUUGGAUUUUUGUGCUUGAAAUAUUCUCAUGUGGCAAAAAAAUUAUGAUAAUAUAAAACAUCUUAGGGUACAUUCAAAUGCCACAUUUAUUGUCUUUAUAUAUGGUGGAAAACAGACAGAGCUGAAAAAGCAUUUUCUGCUCCCCACCCCUUUUAAAAAUAAACUGCUGUAUUUUUUAGCCAAAAGAACUUUUGUGUUUGAUAGAACAAUAUGUCUAUAUGCUGCCAUAGCAGAAUUAUGGCGCAUUAAGUCCCCGAACUAUUUUUGUCCGUUUUACCCUGGAAACCCCCGUUUACAGACGUCGCGCAACCUCUUUUAUUUUAACCUAGCCAUAAAAAGAAGGAAAGUAAUCGUAUUUAUUAUUCGAAAUGUCUGUCAUUUUUAGCUAAUAAUUAUUAAUUGAUGUCUAAUAUUUAGUUAAAAAAAAAAAAAAAACGACUUUAGAAAAUUGUUCACUCGCAUAUUUUAAACUUUAAACAGAUUACGACACAAAGAAAAAAUUAGCGUCUGUAAAAAAGUCACGCAUUGCUACCUCAUAACUAUCGCUUAAUUGUAUUUUUUUCGUUACUGUCGCAUUUUCCCCAAUAUUUUAGAUGAUAAUCGAUCCAAACAAAGAAAAAUAAAAAAAUUAAAAAAUGUUUAAAAGAGUAAAUAUAUGAAAAAGAAAAUCUCGACCACUGCUUGAUGUCUGCGAUUUCUGCAGCGCGACCUUGUUAUAUAUUAUUAUAUAUUUUUUCACCCACAAAAUCCCCCCCAAAAUCCGGCUGUGGCCAUUCAAAGCUGUGUCUUGACACUCGGUGAUACAUGCUACAUGGAGUUAUUGGAUCAAAAAACGGCAAGUACGCGAUAAAACCUCAUGAAAAUCAUGGCCUCUUUAAUUAUGCUCUCGUGUGCUCUCACCUCCAGUUAGGGUUUUGCUGUUUAAAUUUUUUUUUUUUUCCGUUUUAAAAAUGCCCUCCUGUUCAAAAUUUUUAUUCCCCCAGAAAAUUGAGAUUUUAAGUUUUCCAGUGAUGUAUCAUACAUGCAUAUAGUACAAUUUUGAAAUUUGGGCAAAUUGGGCUUGGCAGAGUUUCGAGUCACCUGAGUGUUUUGCGCCAUAUACAUUUGCUUUUAUUUAUGCUUCGUUUUACUGGUGUCUGUCUGCUGCCAGGUCGGCAUUGCAAAUGAGAAUCUCUUCUCAAUUGCCUUGCCCGGUGAAAUAAAGGUCAGAAAAAUAACACAUUAACCUUUUGUCCCUUUGGUACCCUAAAAUAAAUUUGAGUAAGGCAUAGUUGGUGGAGCUGAUUUUUAACAAUUCCGUGCAGUUUGCUAGUUAUUUGUUAGUUUUAGGGCUCCGGAGUGGCUCAGCUAGCUCAGUUAACUGCCUUUGUCCAUUGCCUAUUUCAAGUAUUACGCAUGCGCACUAUUGCAGUGCUGAGCAAACUGACCUGGUUGCGCAGACUCAUCAAAACAAAUGACGAUACAUUCUGGCUCAAAAUCAUCCAGGGGCAGGGGUCGGCAACCGAAAAUGUUGAAAGAGCCAUAUUGGAGUAAAA